AAUAGGCUUUCAAAACUCGUCCGCCAUUUUUAUAUCAUCUUAGGAUUUUAAAAAUAAUAAAAUUAUGAGUAAUAUUAAAGUGACAAUAAAUAAUGAGCGAGGUCGUGAAUUAUCAGGUAUGUCGUUAUUAAAAGUUAUCGAAAAUUGUCAGAUUUCCUUCCGGAGAAAUUAGCAUCAGGGCACGUUCAUAGGUAAGAGUAAGAAGGGAAAGUAAUAACAACUUCCUACUCUCAAAAAUUUGUUUAUGAUUUAAGGUAGAAUUAGUGAAUUACCACAUGUCUUCUUAAAACAAGAAGUCAUGUUCUCGUACAAUUUAGUAACUUAUAGCUAACUUAUUAAAUUUUAAGUCUUAUAUGUCUCAUAGUUUUUAUAGCCAUAUAUAUAAUAUUUUUGCUAUUAAUUUGUUUCAAAGGAGACUGAAAUUCAAACUUGACAAUUAUUGAACAAGUUUAUUGCUCUCUUGUAGUAGAAGAAAAGUUUAAAAAAGUAAAAGAUAUAUUUUUUUACAAUUUUUCCUUGUCAAAAAAUUAAUAUAACCUAUGAAAUUAGGCUUAAUUUUAAAGAAAGCAUGAGGUUCACGACAGUUUUAUUAUGGUUUUUUUUUAUUUAUAAAACUGUGAUGUCACGUGACAUCAAGAUUGCAUAAAAAGGCACCAUUAUAUUUUUUGGAAAAUUUUUUAAAGUCAUUAAUUGUAAACUUUAUAUUAAUUAAUACACCGAAGAUUUUUCUAGACCUGAAUUUUAUUGCAUAUUUUAACACUUCCGGUAAUGGUUGCCCAAUUCACUAUUGGUAGAUCGGGUUGUUCUAACGAUUUCGAUUCCGAUCUCGAUCAAAAUGAAUUUUAUAUAGAUAUCGAUGCAUUCAUAGAUAUGUAUUCAGAACAUGAUGACCGAGGCUCCGGUGAAUACGACAGGAAUUCGCGGGGUAGAGGGAGGGGAAGAAGAGGAUCUCGAGGAUCAUACAAUAACAAUAAUUAUGGAAGAAGAGGUGGUCGAGGUAACAGAGGUUAUAAUAACUCCCAUUCGGUUGUUUUAAAUGAAGAUGAAAGUAUGGAAGGAGGUGCUCAAGGACCUUCAGUUGAUCGAUAUAACCCGUACAAUCGGUCAAGAAAUUAUCAAGGGAGAAAUUCUGGUGAUAACAACAUUCAAAAUAGGAUAGGAGGUUCAAACUAUCGCCGAAGGAAUCAAAGGGGACAUAGAGGAGGAAGUGGAGGUGGUGGAGAUAGAGAUAACUACUCAAAAAAAUCAUAUCAAAAUCAGGGAGGUGGACGAAAAAACAAAGUAAUUAUGGAUCCCGACACUGUAGACAAGUUGAAAGUGGCUAUGAGCGAGAAAUACAUACCUGCAACUAGAAGUUUAGACUUAUCAAACUUUUAUAAAAAUGAAGAGCUGAAUAAAGACCAAAUAUACUUGAAUAUGUCAGAUGCAUCAAAUGUGGAAGCCAUUCUUAAGAUAAUCAAGGAAAAUAUUCCAGAGCUGAAAUCUUUGAACCUGAGUAACAAUCGUUUAGUAAACCUAAGAACAUGGUCACAUUUAAAAGAGAGUGCGCCGGAAUUAGCAGUUUUAGACCUAUCUAAUAACGGAGUACGAUACGAACAAGAUAUUGAUGGCCUAAAGGGCUUCAAAAUAACAGAGCUGUGUAUUGAUGGGAACCCAAUAUGCUCAAAUUCAUCAAAUAAUUCAAGUUUAAUCAGCCUUGUAAGGAAACGCGUUCCAGACCUGGAAAAGCUGAACAACCAGAAACUACCACCCAACAUAAAAUUCGAUAUCGAAUCCAACUGUUCUCUACCACCAAUAAAGGAAAGUUACUUUGGAAACGAUGAAACCAAGGUGAUAGUAGUUCGAUUUCUUGAAGAGUAUUACAAAUUAUUCGAUAGUGAUGCAAGGCAUCUUCUGUUUAACGCCUAUCACGAUAGUGCUAUGUUUUCAAUGAGCGUUAAUCUGGCUAAAUUGCAACAAAACGAUUACUCUGGUUAUCAUAAUUCGUCUAUACCCAAAAGAUAUAUAUCAGAGAGCAGAAAUUUACUUAAAGUUUAUGAUAGUAAAAGACAGUCGCUGCUGAAAAAGGGAAAACUAUCAAUUGUUGCCUAUCUUAAUGACUCUUUUCCUGCAACUAAACACGAUUCUCAGUCAUUUAUAGUGGAUGUUUCCCAUUCUUCUCCUUUAAUUUUAACAUUCACAGUCCACGGUUUAUUUACCGAACGAGAUGAAACUCGAGGGGACGCUAAAUAUGCCAGAUUUUUUAGCAGAACCUUUGUUACUAUACCACACAAUGGAGGAAUUGUCGUUGUGAAUGAACAAUUGACAAUCGCUUCUCCAACAAGAGACCAAAUUGCUAGCUUAUCAAGAAGAUCAGCUCCUACACCAUCCUCAAGUCCUGUUCAUGUUUCACCAACUGUCCCGUCAGUCCCACUCGAACAGACACCAGAUAUGAGGAAUUCAAUGAUAGAUCAAUUUUCAACUUGGAGUGGCAUGAAGAGGGAAUUUGCAGAAAAGCUUCUACGUGAGCAUAACUGGCAGCCUGAAAGGAGCGGGGAUGCAUUCAAGGAAUUAAACGUAAAAUUAAUUGUUAUAAUAAGAUAA